GAUUGAUUAAAAACUUAAAAUAUCGUAAAGAUGUUGCUAAACCCCGUGAGUUUUGUGGCAUUAGUUGUCUCAUUACCAGUUACAUUUUCACAACUGGUCGUAAAUGUUAAAAACAAAGGGGGCGAUGUAAUAAGAGAAGUUAUUUCGGGCAACACGACAUCCGAUGUAGUGGAGCUGCAAUUUCAGAAUACAGACGGCACACUCAUCAAUCAGUUCAUCGACUUCAAAUCGGAAGUGCAGAUUUUCCGUGCCUUUGUGCUGAGAGAGGAGGAACUUGGAUUCUCCAGAAAUAAACCCAUCACUUUAUGCUUUGUGUCCAGAUUUAACAAGAAUGAGUUCAUUUCUUCUGAUGCGAUGUCAAAACUCCGACAGAAAAAUCCGAGCACGAUUCGUAGCCCGGAGGAGGAGAAAGUUCCUGAGAUGCACAUCAUGGAUCUACGGAUGGACCUGAGAAAAACAAAUGUCCUCAGUCCAUACAUACACAAAGCCUGCCAGGAUGCCAAUCUGACCACCUACACCAAGGAAUCAGACAUCAGAAUGUGGUCACAAGCACUGGGUCAGGACUUUGAUUUACUGAUGUCCACCUCUAAGCAGACCCACCCUGGGAAGUUUGCUAACUGUAAGGACAUGGCUAACCUGACGUUGCCCUGUCUGUGUCACUAUCACAUCUGUGUCGGCUGGUAUCCGUGUGGACUGAAGUACUGCCGAGGAAAAGACUCCACGGGUCGAUACGUCAGUUAUCGCUGUGGGAUCAAGACCUGUCGUAGAUUUAUAUCCUAUGAUUUUGUGGCUGAGAAGAAAUAUAACUGCUUAUGGGAUGAUGUGUGAUAUAAUGGAUUUUGUAAAUAUAUUUAAAAUUUUAUAAGCUUCCAUUUCUGAUAGGAUUGUCAGGUAAAUAUUUGAUACUAGAAGUCAUGUAUGCUUUAAUGGCUGCUCCUGUAUCCACAAUUUAUUCUACACUCUGUUUAUUGCCUUAUAAAUUGUGAAAACUUUUGUUUUAAAUUCAGUUCCUCUACAGUUAACUGGUUUUAUUAUUGAUUUUUACAUAAUUAUUAAUUUUUGAUUAUGUAUACACAGUCUAUGUUUUACUUUGAUGAAUGGAAAUGAAGAUUGAUUUAUAUGAUUUUGUGAAAAAAAAGACCAUCCUAUGUGAGACUCA